AUGUUGGUUUUCUUGUUUUUCUAUGAAAUUGAAGAAUCGACCAUUGUUAAUUGCUGGAACAAAACAGGAAUUCUUCCUUUAUUAUUGGAUACCAAAAUUAAUGAUUCUACCUUUGCUGUUCAAGACUUAAAAGAUUUAGAAAAGGAUGAUGUUGAUAAAUUAAUCGUAGAUUUAACAACAAAUUUGUCAAACCUGACAUUCAAAUGUCAGUUAAAUGAAUUUAAUUAUAUGAAUGAUUCUCAAAUUCUUACUGAAGAUUUUCUUAACGAAGAAGAAAUUGUUAAUAUUAUACUGGAUGAACAACAGGAAUUUGAAGAAGGUGAUGCAAGUGACACUAAUAAGGAACUACCCAAAAAUCCUAUCAUAGAAGGCUUGAAUAGAUUAACAAAAUUUAUUAAUUUUGUUGAGCAACAAAAAAGUUGCGAUUUUAAUAUAGAAGAUCUUAAA